UAAAAGUCCUGCACUUCAAAUUUGAAGCAAUCUGCAGUCAGAAACUUUGAUGUUUUGCUAGUCCAAGAUAUCAGAACCUCUUCAGUCAAAACUGACAACUGUGCAAGAGGACAUCCUUGAUCCUUCAAGCCAGGCUUCAGUUUCUCUUGACUCCCUUUUUUAGUCUUUGAACAUUACCCAUGACACAAUUAUAUAAUUGUUGUUACAAAUCAUAGUUUUGUUUUGUGUGCAAACGAGUGAAAAGACAAAGAUGUAAAAGUAGACUUAUGGUAAAAAGGAUUAUUUACAUUACUGGUAUCAAAAUCAGUAUAUGUUCUCUCAUAGCCUCAAAAGUUGCAGUCUUGCAGUUCACUAGUGUGGAAAAAAAAACCAGCUAGUAGAAAUAGUGAAUUUUUUUAGGCAGGCAGCACCGGUAUUUUUAUUACCAUUUUGUGUAACUAGGUUUAAACAAAACAAUUGUAAGCAUUACAUUCUGUUUUAUGGUACAGGCUUCAUGGACAUUUCCUGAUUCUCUUUGUAGUCUUGAUUUCUGAAUCCUGAAUUCUCAAGUUUUAUUGUGUGUGUGUGUUAAAAUAUCGUGUAAUUGAACCCUUGUUGUGAAGACGGGAAUGAAGCCAAAUGAAUAUUUGAUCUUCAGUAGUUUGCUUAAGAUGGCUUGAAUGACAUCUGUCAGUCUUGGUGUAUAGUCUUAGAGAAGACUGAUCUUUUCUGAGCUGAAUUAAUUGUAGGGUUUUUUAACUUUUAAAAAUUUUAUUAUUUAUUUAUUUGAUAGAUCUUAAAAUAAAGAUGUAAGACUGGAUGCCUAUCCUGGUGCCUUACUUAUAUCAUACACCAUCUCUAUUGCCCCCUUAUUAUGUGUGAACUAAGCUGAAAAAAUCCACGUGCUGUCAGUUUAAAGUUGAAGUUGUGCAGCAUUUUGUGUACUUCAGUCUCAUCUCUUCUGCAAAUGUAGUCCAUUUUCUAAACAUUAAAUCAAAAGUUUGUUUUGGUCGCUAAAGGCUGCAAUCUGUCUUCCUUAUUUAACAAAUUAGUCUCCAAUGGCUGAAUUUACAAACUGGUGAAAAAACCCCAUAUAUUUUAAUAAAAAUUCAAUUAGUAGCAGUUGUGGCUUCAUGAUGGUGUAUUCUUGUUUUCCUUCUAUUUUUGAACAAAAAGCAUUAAUUCCUUAUUACACCAAAAUAUCCUUUAAGCAUGAAGCACCUGACUGUAUGCUUUGAUCUUAUUUCAGCUUUGCAGGAAAUUUAAAGUGUGGAAUUUUUGCAACUGGUUUCAGUGUUCCCAGAGCUUUACUAGUAUUUUCUUGCAAUGGUACAAGAUGUGUCCUGUGUAAAGCAUCUGCUUGUGGACCCUUGCAGCUGUGAAGUAGGCACUCAUGCUGUAUAUCCUGCCCUUGCACGUUUGGCUCUAGGCUCUCAGAAAGGAGCAAUCAGUAUUCUGUAGAAGUCCCAUCGCUUCUUUCUUGGUUUUCUGUUGUGCUUUUGAAUUCUGUGGUAUUAUUCUGGUAAGACCAUCAGAAGUAAUUGUGCCCUACUGUUACCUCUCUUGUAUUUGAACUUUGCUGGAAUGUGGAUCUGAAAAGACUGAGAUAUUGACAAAAUGUGAAGGAACGUCUGCCUUCCUAAUUGAAAUUAUGAAGUAGAUGGACAGAUAUUGUUUGCUAGUGACCAGUAAUACCAUAAAUGUACUUGCAGCUCAGAAAAAGAAAUAAUUAAAAAUGAGAAAAUAGUUUUCUUCACAAACUACAUUAAAAACGGUUUCUUCAAAUCUAACAAACGGCAUCAUAGGCUUUUUCUCAGUCUGCUGGAAAUUUAAAACUUCUCAGACUCAUUUUACAUCUAAAUACUAUUUUCUUCAACAGAAUUUAAUCCUGAUGUAUUUUGAGCAGGGAAGGACAGAACAUAAAGAUACAGUUUUUCCUUCUGUUCUCUUGUUUCAAAUGUCCCCUGUUAUUAAGAAUUCUCAUCUCUUGAGAUACCAGUAUUGUAUUCUUGAAUACAAUACCUGCAUCAAGCCACCUGGAACAUUUAUUUGCAGUUCUGGAGAAUAAAAGUUGCUCCAAGUAUUACCCUCUGUAAUAUUUAUAUGAUUCUGCAGAGUUGGUAAGUCAGCAGAUCCUAGGCUGAAUAGGGACAUACAUAGGUUAGGAAUCAUAUUCCUUAGAAUUGUCUUACAGAAGAGAUUUUAAAGGUAUUAGACGAAAGAAAUGGGGUUUGCAGGUCAGUGUAUUUAGCUUGUUAAAUAUAUUGCUGAAACAAAGCAGGUUUUCAUUAAUUACUUUUUAAAUCAGGUCUCUUAUAUGGAAUUCAAAACCUAGGAAUUCAGUAAAUAAUUUUUCAGUAUUAAAAAAGAACUUGCACUUUUCAUAAUACACUUGCACUCUUUCUUGAUUUUCUUCAAUCAGACUAUAUAAUAGUACAUAUUUUUAAUAUAGUUUAUGUAAAUAAAAAACAAAAUGAAAACAAGAAAACAAAUAAAAUGGAAAAAAAAAAGAAACCAAAAAAUAUAAAAGGGGAAAGAAAAUGUAAGUGGAUAAUGCAAGAGAUGUUCCUACAUCAUUUGAAAACAUUUGGUAAUGAUGCAAGGUUCGUUAUUAUAAGGAGGAAUUGUCAAAAAACGUACUAUGUAAGUCUGAAUUAGGUUUUUUGGGGUGUUUAACCUGUGUAACUUCCUUCACAAAUUCCACAUCCUUCACAAAUAGUUGCACUGGAAAUUGUACUUAUGAGUGCAGUGAGUUACUGGUAAUAUGUGAUGAAGUUUUCAAAAUACUUCCACAAAAUAGUCAGAAAUUAUGCUUUUAUUUUAGACCAAGUGAUCUUUACAGCGCUUUGAAAAUACUAUCCAUAUCUGGAGUUGAUUCUGCUUUUAAAAUAGUGAAGCAGUUGACCUGUGAAUUGAGAGAUGUCCUUUAAAUGGACACCUGUAUAAAAUAACUGAGCAGUACCUCAGUUAUUACUUACACACAAAAAGUGCUGUACCUUUUUUAGAAGAAAACAAAACAGUCACUGCAAGCUGGACUGAUGGUAUUGGAAGCCGAACUCCUGGCCCUGUAUUCACCAGUAGAGACAAUAAAAAGUAACUUCCUAGAAAUAAUUUAGUAAUAAUGGUCUAAGGAAUGAGAUGUAAAAUACCAACUAAUUUAGAAUAGGUUGCUGUGCCUGUGCUUAUUGUAUUUGUCAUAACACUUAAAGGCCUUGUACUAUUGUGGAAGUUGGCAGUUGAUACAUUUGUGAUGUUAGGAUGACGACCGUAUUUGAAGGAAAGCAGGGAUAAUAUGAUCUUGCAAGAAAAUUUUCAAGUAUUUUCAAACAAGUUUACUAGUUCUGAGAGUUGGUUUUUUUCUUUUUUUUCUUUUUUUAACUUUCAUAUGAGCUUUAAUAGUAGUUUGAAAAAAAAACUUGGUAGGAUUUGGGGGGCAAAUUACAUAAAUAUAAUGAGGUUUUGAUAGUCUCUUGGACUACUGUAAAAGGCAAAAAGGCCAAAACCAAUAUUUCUCAGGAAGAUCAUACCAUGUCGUAAGGCUGGAGAUGGAUGUAAAGCUACAAAGAAAAUCACUUGCCAGGUUUAUGGUAGGUUGUGGUAGAUGUGAUGAUUGGUUUCAUGGUGAUUGUGUUGGACUGAGCCUUUCUCAAGCACAGCAGAUGGGUGAAGAAGAUAAAGAGUAUGUGUGUGUGAAAUGCUGUGCUGAAGAAGACAAAAAAAUGGAGUGUUUUGAUCAAAGUGUACCAGAUACUCCAGUGAAACUUGAGCAUAGAGAAGAAAAAGCAAUUGAGUGUGAAAAACUGGGGAUGUCGAAGCAAACACCUGCUUGUAAUCUAAAUACGACAACUGAAAAAACAAAGCAAAUGGAGGACACUGGGAAGCACAAAGUCAAAAUCUUCAGACGGGAAUCUGGUGAUGGGAAGAACUUGUCAGAGUCCAGAGACUUGGAUACUAAAAAAGGGCAGCAUGUUACUGCUCGGAAAGGACCACAAACUGGUGUAAUUCCUCGGCGAUCUCCUGAAGAUAAAAAUGAAAAAAUAAGUAAAGAAUCCCUUAGUAUGGCAGAAAGGUCCACAAAAUCAGGUGUUCAUGAGAAACAAGAAACUAAGAAAAAGAAAAAUGAGAAAGGAUCCAUUAGUGCAACACACCUGCCGACUGUGCCAGCUUCUAAACCUUCUGCUGAUCAGAUAAGACAAAGUGUCAAGCAGUCUCUUAAAGAAAUUCUGAUGAAAAGAUUGACAGACUCCAGUUUAAAGAUUCCCGAGGAGAGAGCAGCAAAAGUUGCCACAAGGAUUGAAAGAGAGCUGUUUUCUUUUUUUCGAGACACUGAUGCAAAGUAUAAGAACAAAUACAGAAGCUUAAUGUUCAAUCUAAAAGAUCCUAAAAAUAAUAUAUUAUUUAAGAAAGUACUGAAAGGAGAGGUUACUCCAGACCAUCUAAUAAAAAUGAGUCCAGAAGAACUGGCUUCCAAAGAACUGGCUGCCUGGAGACAGAGAGAAAACAGACAUACAAUUGAAAUGAUUGAGAAAGAACAGAGAGAAGUUGAAAGAAGACCUAUCACAAAAAUUACUCACAAAGGAGAAAUAGAAAUUGAAAGUGAAACAUCGAUGAAAGAACAAGAGGAAGUAAUGGAAAUUCAGGAACCUAAUAUGAAGUUGUUUGAGAAGUCAGACGAAGCUGAAAAAGAUAAAGAAAUAAAUGAAUCUGCAUCUCCGGACACCACAAGUCAACAUAAAAAUCAUCUCUUCGAUCUUAACUGCAAAAUCUGCAUAGGACGAAUGGCACCACCUACUGAUGAUCUUUCUGCGAAAAAAGUGAAAGUGUCUGUUGGAGUUGCACGGAAACAGUCAGACAAUGAAGCUGAGAGCAUUGCGGAUGCACUUUCCUCAACAUCAAGUAUUUUAGCUUCAGAAUUACUGGAAGAUGAUAAGCAAGACUCAUCGAAAUCAUUCACCCCUCUUCCAAAGUCAGAAACACCCGGUACUGUGGAAUGUGAAAGUCUGUUUCUGGCGCGCCUGAAUUUCAUCUGGAAGGGUUUUAUCAAUAUGCCUUCAGUGGCAAAGUUUGUUAUCAAGGCUUAUCCAGUUUCUGGCUCUUUUGAGUAUUUAACAGAGGAUUUACCUGAUAGUAUUCAAGUAGGUGGAAGGAUAUCUCCUCACACUGUCUGGGAUUAUGUAGAAAAAAUCAAAGCUUCAGGGACCAAGGAGAUCUGUGUAGUUCGCUUUACCCCAGUAACUGAAGAGGAUCAGAUCUCCUAUGCAUUGUUGUUUGCCUAUUUCAGCAGCAGAAAACGUUAUGGUGUAGCGGCCAAUAAUAUGAAGCAAGUGAAAGAUUUGUACCUCAUCCCUCUGGGUUCUGCAGAUAAAGUCCCUCAUCACCUUGUGCCUUUUGAUGGGCCUGGGAUUGAAAUACAUCGACCAAAUUUAUUACUGGGAUUGAUAAUUCGCCAGAAAAUGAAGAGGCAGAUUACUGCUGUUUCAAGUGUUACUAGUAGUUUUGCGGAUGAAGCUGCUGAAAGUACCUUGAGUAGCAUUCCACCAGAGAAGAAAAGCAAGCCAAGCAAACCUGAAGUCUCUCAUCACGAGUUGGCACUAGAAGAAGAGGAAAAUAAUUUUUUCAAUUCCUUCACAACUGUGCUGCACAAGCAGAGAAAUAAACUUCAGCAGUCUAAUAUAGAAGAUGUUCCAGCAGUUGUUGAACCACUGGUGGAAAGCACCAAACAUGAACCACCGAAGCCUCUCAGGUUUCUUCCUGGAGUCCUGGUUGGAUGGGAAAAUCAGCCUUCUACUCUGGAACUAGCAAAUAAACCAUUGCCAGUGGAUGAUAUUCUUCAAAGUCUGUUGGGUACGACAGGGCAGGUAUACGAACACAGCAAGUCAGAAGCAGGUCCUAGUGAAGAGAUACCAUUAUUAAAUGAACAGGCAACCUUGAAAGAAGAAAACAUUGAUGCUGCUGAUAUAACUACAGAAGUUAGUGAAGCAAAGACUGGUUUGGAUGAUCUGCAAGAAUCCACUAACACUGCUGUAACUGUGGAUACAGCAGCUGCGGGGACCUCAAGUUCUGCAAAAAGUGCUGGUUCUUUGAUAGGGUUGAGUCUUAAGGGAAAACCUCCAGAUGUCUCCACAGAAGCAUUUUUAGCAAAUUUAUCUGCUCAGUCACAGAAUAAAGAAACAGAAGAAAGUAAAGAAAAUGACCCAAAGUUGCAGGUACCAGACAAGGAUAGUGUUUCACAGGAAGUUAAAAGGAGCACAAAUUCCAGCUUUUCUUCCUCAUCAAAUGCAGGGAAAAAACCCAGUGAGAACAAUGUUAGUGUAGGUUCUGCUGAAGGUACCACUGCUAGUACCUCUAAAUCACCACCAUUUAUUAAUCUUAAAAGAGACCCACGACAGGCAGCUGGACGAAGCCAGCAGACUAAUACUUCAGAAAACAAGGAUGGAGACGUUAGCAGAAGUGAAGACCGACAGAAUCCUUCAGGAAAUGAUCAAAUAGAACCAGAGAAUAAACAGUCUUCUGGAGAAGUGGGCUUAAACCUGUAUCAAAGUGAUCUGCAAACCAAUGAGUCGCAGUUCAGUUCAGCUGCAGCUAAAGCAGAUAGCACAGUUGCAUCACAAGUGGAAGAUAACAAACACUCACAGGAAGAUGCACUGAUGCAAAACAUUGAAACAGUGAAUUCAUUUAGAAGAGGACCAGCAACAACUUCAUCUCAUUUUGAAACCGAAAAUUCUUCUCGUUCUGAAUUUAUUUCCAAAGUCCCAAGCCCUGUUACAAGCGGCAACUUCUCAUCUGUUGGACCUCCGCAGCAGAAUUUUCAGCAUCCUAAACCUAAUCCACCUGGAUUUCAGUUUCAGGCUCCUGCACCUCAUAACUUCCCUCAGCAAAACAACCCUAUGUUUGGAUUUCCUCCUCAUUUACCACCUCCGCUUCUUCCUCCUCCUGGCUUUGGUUUUCCUCAAAAUCCAAUGAUGCCAUGGCCACCAGUAGCUCAUUUAUCAGGCCAGCCACCACAUUAUGCUGGACCCAUUGCACAAGGGCUACCAGUGGCUCACAAACAAUCAAGAUUUUUGGGACCAGAAAAUUUUUUUCAGACUAAAGACAGUAGGAGACCAGAAAGACGCCACAGCGAUCCUUGGGGCAGAGAAGAACAGCAUUUGGAGAGAGGGUUCAGUAGAGGAAAAAAUGAUCGACAAAGGCUUUACAGUGAAACCCAUCACCAAAAAAAAGAGAGACAUGAAAAAGAGUGGAGCAACGAAAAGUACUGGGAGCAAGAUUCUGAGAGAAACAGACGCAGAGACAGAAACCAGGAAAAAGAGAGAGAGAGGAAGAGUAGAGAGGAAGGACAGAGAGACAAAGAAAGAGUGCGGUCUCCACACAGUGAUAGGGCUGCUGAUGGAAAAAGCCCCAGAGAGACUAGAAAUCCAGAAAAAAAGACAGAGAAGCCUAAAAGUGAAGAACAGGCUCAUGAAAAAGAUAAGGAGAGGGAGAAAAGCAAAGAGAAGCAUAGAGAACGAGAAAGUGAAAAGAACAGAGAGAGACAUAGGGACCACAGUGACAGAACUAAAAGUAAAAGGUAAAAAGAUGCAGGCAGUCUUUUAAAAUCCUAUUUAAAUAAACUGUUAGAGUAAUGUCGUAAAACUUUGUAUAAAAAAAAGAGCCUGCUAGGAUUGUGCCAUCUUUUUUAUUCCAUGUUGGUGUUUUGCAGAAACAAGUCUGUGUUUUGGUACCGCUCGAUGUACCAAUACUCAUCCUUUUUUUUCAUUAUACCAACUAUCGCUAGAAGUAGGAGUUUAAUAUUUUUAAAAAUUUUACAUUGCUGUAUAUUCAAAAUUUUAAAGAUUUCUUUUAUUAAUAUGCAAUAAAGGCUUAGGAAUUUUGUUAGUUGAGGAAGUUGGCUUUAGUCAAGUCUGCAAUAUAGUUGCUGCCUUUGGUAAUUUGUGCUCUCUUCUGUUUUAAGAUGCUCUGAUAAUUUUAAAGGUGAUUUUCAUACAAUAACCUUCUUUUUAAAUUGCACUGUUUUUAAAGACUGUAGCAAAGCCUCAGAAUCCACACAUUACAACAAAACAAUAUGCUUGGUGGUGUGAAGAGUUUGGGUUUUUUUUAAAUUAUUCAGUAGUACAGUAAAAAAAUUCAAGUGUAUUUCAUUAGUUUUCAAGUAUUUCCUAAGCAUCUGAAGCAGUUUGUGACCAGAAAUUGGAAGGCUGAGCUGCUCGAAUGUUAAUGCUUUAAACUGCACUUGUUUUAAUAAGAAAGCAUUUUUAACCUAAAUUCUUGAAAAUAUGAUUUGUAGUAGUAAAUUCAUUUCUCCCACCAUUUUCCAUGCUUCAAAAACUUGAAUACCUAAGCUUGUACAUUACUUUGUGUUUUGCUAUCCUUUUUACUGUAAAAUGUAAAUAUUUUAAGGGAUAUUUUGAUUCUAAAAUGAUAAAACUUUCUCACAUACUGUGUGUGUUUGAUUUCAUAGGUGUGAAACUGUAGUCUAAAGAAUAUGGAAAGCUGAAUCACAUAAUGCCACAUUUGUUGUACGCUUCAUGGCUUGGUUUGUUUUGAGUUUUGGAGAACAAACAGGUGGGAGGGGGCAGAAGAGUGUUUAUACCUUUGGGACUUGGGGUAAAUUGAUAUUUUGUAGUGAUUACCAUCCACUGAUGCCAAACAAUGCGAACGUGAAAACCAACUCAAGUCACCUACUCUUACACUUCUUAAAAUACACUGGGCAUCUUGUUGAAUCUGUCAGAAAUAACAAAAAAAUUCCACCAUAUAAAGAAAAAUUGAGAUUUA